CAUUGUGUUGUCGAAGGCUUUCAUGGCUGGGAUCACUGGGUUGCUGUGAGCUUUCUGGGCUGAAUGGCCAUAUUCCUGAAGCAUUCUCUCCUGACGUUUCUCCCACAUCUAUAACACGCAUCCUCAGAGGUUGUGAGGUCUGUUGGAAACUAAGUUUUUCCGAUGGAAGGACAAUCAGAUUCCGGAUCGGACAUGGAGCAGGCCGGCCAUGCCAAUCUACCCAACAGAAGGGAGCUGCUGGAUUUGCUCCUGUCAGAUGAAGCUGGUUCCUCGCAUUCUGACAGGGGCUUUUAUGACUCGCUUCAGAUCCUGAAAGAAAAAAACAGACAGUAUUUGCUAGAGUUAGGUCAUAUGUACCACCAAAGACUGACAAACAUCCUCAAACCAUCCAAGGAAGAGAAGGAAUUGGAAGACUUUUUCCAAGACAAUGGAAGACUGAUGUUGUCAACAAAGUACCAUGAAGCUUUCAGGUCUGGGAACAUAAGAAGGGUCAGGUCUUUGACUGACCUCACAUUAAAUAACUCAGAUGAUGUGCACAAUCAUUAUUCGCCUUCACAGCCUUUUUCAAAAUCAAAGAGUGCCUCAGAUGCUUGGGUCCCUUCUAUCACGAUCCCUCAACCCUUCAAAAUGACAUUGCGAGAAGCUCGCGAAAAGUCUCUGAUGUUAAAAUCACACGCGUUGCUUGAACUUGAGACAACUGAACAGAAAAGACAAAGCCAAGAAGAGGCAGAGUGCCAGAAGCAGUUCAGGGCCCAACCUGUCCCUGCGCACGUCUAUUUGCCCCUCUACCAGGAAAUCAUGGAAAAGAAUGAAAUCCGUAGACAGGUGGAAACGCAGAAGAGAAGGGAACUGCUCCUUUCGAUGCAAAAACCCUUCAGCUUUGAGGAAAAAGAAAAAAAGAGGAAGGAGGCCAUCCGGCAAAAGGUUCUGGACAUCAUGGGUCCUGCUAAAAAAAUAGCACCAAAAAUCAAGAAGAGGAUCCCCAAGUCCACUUUUGAACCAGUGUUUGGGGAUAAACUCAAAGAAACUGAACUUUUAAGAAAAAUCCGUAUUCAGAUGAGAUCUAAGGAUUUACUGGAAACCUCCUGGGCGCCUAUUGAGCUGGACAACAGACGGAGAAAGAAAGGAUCCCAAACUGCCACCAAGAACAGGGAAGAAAAGCUUAGCUUUCUACAGGAAAACUUCAGUUUUAAACCACGAAUUAACAAAUCAGUGCCUGACUUUGAAGGACUUUACUGGGCUUUCAAACGAGAUGCACAAAGCAAACGAGAAAUGAAGGAAGCAACUCAUAAUAAACCAUUCCAACUGAGAACUUCUAAUCUCCGUUGCAAACAUCGGGAGAUGAUGGAAGUACCUCAGCCUUCCAAGGCACCGUUACAAAGAAGCCGUUCUUUGACUUGUCUUUCCUCCCUUUCCUCCAAUACACUUCCAGUGUAUAUAACGGAUGCCGCGAGAAAGAGGAAAUCUGCUAUUAAACUCCUCCAAGAGGAUAAAAAAUACAAGGAGAAUGAAGGAGUUCGCUGGGCCGAGCUGCAGAGGAAGAAAUGCCAAGCUAUGCAUAAGACUGUGAAUUCCCGAGCAAAAGCCAUGGAUCCCCAUAAAAGCUUGGAGGAGACGUACAACGAAAAGCUAAAACAGAACUGGCAGAAUGACCAAAAAAGACUGAAAGAGUAUCAAAAAGAACUAAAUGAGAUGAAGACGCGAGUGAAAAACCGUCCAUAUUUAUUUGAACAGAUCUCAAAGCACGGUGCUCGGCAGGGAGCUCAGAGGCUCUUCCAAGAAACCUUGCAGCAGUUUGGGUUGGAUGAAGAAUUUGUAAGAAAAAAAGGGAGAGAAGCCACUGGCCCAGUAAGGAAGGAGACGUCUGCAAUGAAAAGAAUCCAGAAGUCCCAAAGGGAUACAGAAGUUGAUAUCAUAAAGGAACUGUCUCAAGAAGGACAGAGAAGAUUGGAAUUAGAGUAGGAAUCUGUUAGGACUCCCCAUGUAUCUCCAGCUUACUCUCCAAUCAAAUGUAAUACAUCCUUGACAUUAAGGCAAUACUUGCAGUAUGAAAAAAUGGAGCCAACUGAAUAUGUUGUUUAUGUGUGAUCAUGCUAUGUACCUAAUUGGAUCUGUUGCACUUUAGAUAAUUUAGCACCCCAAUUGUGCUGACACAAUCCCUAGCGUCCCUCCCUCUGCUUGCUGAAUUGCCCACUGUACACCCAUAUUAAUUGAAAGUCUUAAUUUCUACGGUAGCGUAAAGGUUCCAAUUCCCUGCAUUGGGGCAGAAUAGAGAUGAGUUACUACAAGAGGAAUAAUCAAGUUUUUUCUUUGCAGGUAUAAACAUAUGGAUAAUAGGUUGUUUUAGUUUUUUCGGGCAAUAUGGCCAUGUUCUAGAAGCAUUCUCUCCUGACGUUUCACCUGCAUCUAAGAAGGCAUCCUCAGAGGUUGUGAGGUCUGACCUACAACAACCCAGUGAUUCUGGCCAGGAAAGCCUUCGACAAUAUAUGGAUAAUCUAUAUAAAUAAAAAUGUAAUGUUCGUUUGUGGGAUUAACAUAACUCAAAAACCACUGAACGAAUUGACGCCAAAUUUGGACACAAUACACUUAUCUGGCCAACAAGUGACCAUCACUUGUAAAAACACUGAAAAACACAGUAGAAACCAAAACGUAAAAAAUACAUUACAACGCAUGUGCACAACCACAUACACACGCACACAUAUAAGCAAACACAUAUACACACACAUAUACACAUAUAUACACAUACAAAACACAUUAACACACGUUGGGCCACAGCAACAUGUGGCAGGGGACGGUUAGUAGUUUUAUAAAAUGUAUGUAUUCUCUCAGUGACUUGGUUGCACUAUUUGCAGAAGAAGUGGCUAGGGCAGUGCUUCUUAAGCUAUCUCAUGUGGGAUAACUAGUGAUUUUUUUCUUCUAGUGUGCCAGGAACUGAUACUAUAUGUGUCCAUUGACUAUCGUUAUUUCUUUCUCACCUGGAAUCUCUCCAAGGAGUGGCAGCUAAUGGUUCCUGGACCAACACUGGUUCAUGGAACACCAUUUUAAGUAGGACUCAGAGGAUUUACUCCCAUUUUUUCUCCUCCCAGUCUCCUGCAAGGCUAAUGAGAAGACAUUUGCUGUAGCAACUGAGACGACUGCAAUCCUAAAUGCUAUUCUAAUUCUUGGUGGCUUUCUUAGAAGAAGGGAUCUAUUCAGCCAAGUGGUGUGUGUGUGUAGGACAACAGGCAAGUUAAAAUGUGCCUUUAUUGCCUGGAAUCCUUUAUUGCCUGGAAUCCUAUUGGUGUAUUACAUUUGUCAUUGCAUUUUUUCUAUGGUUGCAUACUAGCAGUGAGAGAAAGCAGACAAAAUCUUUUGGCACCAAGCAACUUACUUUUCCAAUGCCUUUCUGCUUUCAUGCCCAUUGCUUACACCAAACUUUUCCAAAUACUUCCUAUUGGUGACACUUUUUAGACAUAUAUCGUUUUGCAACACAAUAAAUGAAUUUUGCUAGUAAACCAGAGGUUCAACCAAUUAUUUAGAAGAUAUAUGAAUAUUUAUGCAAAUUGUAGUAUAUUUCAAAAUAUAUCAUUUAUAUGUUUCAAAAUAUAUGAUUUAUUGACUCAGAGGUUCAUGCGACAUAUCUACUCACUGCAGCCAACACAGUAACAGGUUGUGACACACAGUUUGGAAAGUUCUGGUGAACAUCAAUGUCGUACACCAAAAGAAUUUUGGAGUCUGCUUUUCAUUUUAGCCCAAGGAACAAUUCUCAGACGAGGAAUAUAUGACAGAUCCUGGUAUUCAAUCCUUAGUAAAUGAGUCUAAAACUAUGAGCCAGCUUACUGCAUCUGAGAUAUUUCAAAGACAAUAGACAAAGACAAGUAUCUUUAUUCGCCUUUUUUUUUUCAUGUCAGGAGCAAAUUGAGAAACUGAAAGUCGCUUCUGGUAUGAGAGAAUUGGCCGUCUGCAAGGACGUUGCCCAGGACACACCUGGAUGUUUUACCAUCCUUGUGGGAAGCUUCUCUCAUGUCCUCGCAUGGGGAGCUCGAACUAACAGAGGGAGCUCAUCCAUGUUCUCCCCAGUUUCGAACCUCCAACUUGUUGGUCUUCAGUACUACCAAUACAAGUGUUUAACCCAUUGUGCCACCGGAGUCUCCUAUUCACCUAAUGAUUCCUAUUGAAAGAUACUGCCAUCAAGCUCUUAUCCAGUCUAUAUCAAUAGCUCAUCUGUUUUGAUUUUGCAGAGAAGUCUGUGUAAGCCUGUAGACACACCUAAUAGACACACCUAACAGACACACCCUAGAGUUUGAUGUUUCCUGUUUGUUUCAGACAAUCCCCCCAAAUAAUAUAAACCUAAAAAAACUUGAGAUCUGAAAUUAUGCUCAGAUUUAAUGCCCCUAAACCAUCACUGUUCUAUCUAGUAAUUCUGUCCCUUCAGUUAAGAGCCACUUCACAUACCACACUGCAGCAAAUGCAUGUUUGCUACUACAUAUACACUAUCAAUGCUAAAUCUAGUCAUACCACAUUUUGUAUACUGACAUUACCUUAAUAUGUAUGAAAUUUUAAAUCCAGCUGCCGUGCUUUUCUAAAAAUAUUUUUGAGAAAUUUGAAAAUUAUUACCACUAAUGCCAGGAAUUAUUUAUGUUUGAAAAGAAAGGAAGCAAUACUGUAUGUAUGUAUUUAAAAAAAUCCAAAAUCCAAAAAGCGGUAAUACAAUUAGCCCUCUAUAUUUGUGGGUUUGAUUAUAUAUUUAUUUGAUUAAAACAUUCUCUUUAGGAAUUUCUAGGUCCUCCAGUGCAAUUGUGUACUCCACUUCCAGCAGAGGUUGACCAUAGAGCUGUGGUGGAGGAUCUUAAAAUUUCAAGAGGUGUUCUUUCAGGUAAAGCAAAAUGGCAAUUUUAAAAAAAAAUAAUAUUCAUUGAUAUAUAAGACAACGAAUAGAAUAGCUUUUUUAUUUGCCAAUUUUCACUUUUACAGUUGUUUUGUACCCCUAAUUCCAAUAAAUGUGGAGACCUAUCUCUAA